CCCAAACCACUCGCUGAGUCGCAGUACAGAGCCAGAGCCAGAGACGACGAAACCUACUCUAUCUAUCUCCACUCCAUCGGCUUGCUACUGGUGGAACUGGAUGGUGAUGGAGACUUCCCUGCGUCUGCGCGGCGCCGAUUCCACCAACGGCCAGCAGCUGCGCGCCACCGAUUCCACUGCCGACCAGCGGCCGCGCGGCGCCAACUCCACCGCCGGCCAGCGGCGCCGCGGCGCCAACUCCACGGCAAGCCAGCGGCCGCGCGGAACCGACUCCACCGCCGUCCAGCAGGGCCUCCGUAUCCACGCCAAGCAGAAGCUCCCCCUCGCCGCCAACUCCCUGCUCCAGGCUCACGCGGAGAUCGACACGAGCACCGGGAAUCCCAGCCACCUCGCCCUCCUCGCGAGGCACUUCUUCCCCGAGCUGUCGGCCAACGUCGGGGCAGGAGUCCGGCUGGAAAACGGCAAUAUCUUCAGGUACAGCCUCCGCGGGAAGAAGGCCGUCGCCUUCACCCCCGACGGCCUCCUCGGACUCAACAUCAAAGGCCGCCUCCUCGCCGACAAGGACUUCAAGCCGAGGACGGGGAGUGGUGCCGUCGAACUGGCUUGGACAAUACUCGACUUCAGAAAGGGCCAGGAUGUCAGGCUCAAAGCUGGCUACGAGCUAUACCGCAAGAUGCCUUAUUUCCAGGUGAGGGAAAACAACUGGACUCUUAAUGGCUAUAUGGAUGGAAAAUGGGAUGUCAGAUUCGAUAUGUGAUUGGAAAGCUAUUCGUGGAGGGUACUUUGUCUGGCGAUCAUUGGUGCCAUAGGCGUCUUUUCUCCUUUUUCUGUAGUUGUCAUGCCACCAUUCUGUUUCCAUGUAUUGCUCUUGAUAGAUGGUAAUAUCAUUCAUUCAUCGGCAAGCAACAGUUCAUAGAGAAUGCAGAUGUAGAAACUUGCCAUUUCUAUUGAUGGACAUAGUCUGGAAGUUCAGAAGGAUUCACUUGUCAA